UUCUCAAGCGGUCGAUGGAGUACAGCGAGGUGGACGGGCUCGACGAGCCGCUUUUGGCGACCAACGAGGCCGGCGCGCCGUUCGCUGCCAGCGUGCGCAGCUUCAGCUUUUGCGGCGGCGCCGCCGUCGGCGCGGCCUUUCCGUCCAACCGCGUCACGACGUCCAAGUACACGCUCGUCAGCUUUGCGCCCAAGUUUCUUGCGCAGACGUUUACAAAGAUGACAAACAUCUACUUCCUCUUCAUCUGCAUCCUGGAGAUGACGCCGGGCAUCUCGACAUCCGGCGGCAUCCCGACGACCGCGCUGCCGCUCCUAGUCGUCAUUGCCAUUGACGCCUUCUUCCAGGUCGUCGAAGACUACGCGCGACAUGUCGACGACGACGUGGCCAACCACCGGGUGGCGCACCGGUUACUCUCGACGGGCGCUUACGAGUCAACUACAUGGCAAGAGCUCCGCGUCGGCGACAUUGUGCGCAUCUUAAACGGGUCCAUCGCGCCGGCCGACGUCAUUCUACUGCAAGUCGAGUACGGCGUCGACGAAGCGCCACGGCACUACAGCUACGUCGAGACGUCGAGCUUGGACGGCGAGACGAACUUGAAGAUCCGCGAGGCGCUGCCCGAGACGCACGGCCGGUCACUGCACCGGCUCGAAGGCGUGGUCCAGUGCGACCAGCCCAACGCCUCGGUCAACUCGUUUAGCGGCCAGCUGCAUUUCGCCGAUCGCUUGGCGUCGACGCCGCUCCAAGCCACGAACGUUCUCUUGCGGGGCUGCAUCUUGCGCAACACGCCGGCGGUCGUCGGCCUUGUCUUUGCCACCGGUCACGACACCAAAGUGCUCCAGUGCGCGCGGGCGUGUCCCAACAAGCGCAGCUUUGUUGAGAGCCAAGUCAACCGCGAACUCUGGUGCAUGGUCAUGCUCCUCUUGGCGAGCUGCGGCGCGGCCGCAACGAUCUCGACCUUCUUCGACUGCCUCGAGCUCCCGCGCGCGUGGUACAUGCGUCUGGAGGCGCCGCCGUCGAUCGCGGUGGCGUUUUGCCAGUCGUUUCUGCGCUUCUUUCUUUUGCUCUCGAACGUCGUGCCCAUCUCUUUGGUAGUCACGCUCAACAUGGUCAAGUCGCUGCAAGCGUCGCUCAUGGAACGCGACCGCCACCUCCGCGAUCCCUCAAACAGCGCGCCGUGCCGGGUCAAGACCAUGGCGCUCAACGAAGACCUCGGGCAAGUUUCGCACAUUGUCACGGACAAAACUGGGACGCUUACGCGAAACGUCAUGGUCUUCCGCGCCUGUUCGGUCAACGGCGUCCUCUACGGCGGCAAGGCUGCCCCCAAUGUAUCCAAGUGGAUGGCUUUUGCCGAUGCACACUUUGACACUUGCCUCGGCGCCGGCGAUGGUCCGCUGUGUACAUUCUUAUUGCACCUCGCGCUCUCCCACUCGGUGCUGGCGACACGUCCCGCCGACUUGAGCGAGCUCGUGGCCGCGGCCGCGUCGCCGGACGAGCAGGCGCUUCUGGCCAUGGCGUAUGCCUAUGGCUACCGCUUUCUUGGACGGCAACCCGGCAAAGCGACCGUCCAAGUACCGGGCCACGGCCCCGUGACGUUUGACGUGCUCCACGUGCUCGAGUUUUCCAGCGCUCGCAAGCGCAUGUCGGUCGUCAUUCGCAACCCGCUGCGCGACAACGCGAUUCAAUUGCUGGUCAAAGGCGCCGACAACGUGCUAUUGCCGCGCGCCGUUGCGUCACCGACCACAAACCUGCACCUACAGGCCAUGGCGCGCGACGGCCUCCGGACGCUCGUGAUUGCACAGCGCACGUUGCCACCGGCGCUCUACGCAGACUGGGAGAGGCGGUACGCGAUUGCUGUACGGGAUGUGGCACACGUGCAAGCCAAGGCCAAGCAGCAGCCCAAUGCAAUUGAUGCGCUCAUGGACGAGCUCGAAACGGACCUUGAUGUGCUGGGCGCGACCGGCAUUGAAGACGGACUCCAGGCGUACGUGCCGGCGACGAUCGAAAAGCUACGCCUCGCAGGAAUCAAGAUAUGGAUGCUCACGGGCGACCACGUGGAUACCGCGCUCAACGUGGCCCGGGCGUGCAAUUUACUCAAGAAUACCACGAGCCAGCUCUUAUUGCUGCAGUGCGCGACGCCGACCGAGUGCUUUCGGGAGCUCCGAGGCCUCCAGAGCCGCAUGCAACCGCGCACCAAGUACGCGCUCGUGGUCGACGGCGACGCCUUGUACCAUGUGAUGAACCUCCCGUCGGCGCACGAUGCGUUCGCGGAUGUUGUCCGCGCCUGCGAAGUCGUCCUCGCGUGUCGUACGUCGCCCAUGCAAAAGGCGCAGGUCGUCGAGCUUGUCCAGGGACUCUUGGCGGGGACCCCGGGGCGCGUGUUGGCGAUCGGCGACGGCGCCAACGACGUGGCCAUGAUCCAGUGCGCGCAUAUCGGCGUCGGCAUCUGCGGCCAAGAAGGGCUCCAGGCCGCCAACGUCAGCGACUAUGCGAUCGCGCAGUUUUCGCUCUUGCUCCGGCUCCUCUUUGUACACGGCCGCCUCAAUUACCAGCGCACGACGUUCCUCGUGCGCUAUGUUUUUUACAAAAACAUCAUUUUGGUCAUGUCGGAGUUUUGGUACAGCCUCGUGAGCGGCGUCUCGGGCCAGAAAUUCUACAACGAAGUCGCUGUCGACAGCUUCAACACGCUCUACACCGCACUGCCCAUCGUGCUCUUUGCCAUCAUGGACAAGGACUUGCCGUCCUGGAUGUGUGAAAGCGUACCUGGCUUGUACUCGAUUGGCAUUGGCAAUGGCCUCUUUCGCCGCCGGAUGAUUUGGACGUGGAUCCUCUCGGGCGUCUUCGAGUCGCUCGUCAUUUGCAUGGUCGCUGUGCUUACCAUGAGCAGUUGCGACUCGUUGGGGCGGCCGUUUGGCAUGUGGGAGUCGGGUGCUCUUGUCUUUACCCAGAUUGUGCUCGUCGUCAACUACAAGCUGGCGCUGCACCAGAGUUCGUGGACGCUCGUGCAAGGCGCCGUGCUCGCACUGAGCAUCCUCGCGUGGUUUGUCUCGGCAUUUGUCAUUUCUGCGUCGCCCGACAUUAGCACGGCGUGGUAUGACAUCUUCCCGAUCGUCAUGACGUCCAACUUUUACUGGUUCGCAUCGCUCUUGAUCCCGGUCGUCGCGCUCUCGGUCGACCUUGUUGGUGGCGCCGUCACCACGAGCUUUCAACCGUCCAACGUCCGCGUCCUCCGCGAAGCGCUCCAAGAGCCGACGCAGAAGGAGACGCUGCGCGACCGCAUGUGGCAGCUGCCCGAGAAACAACCGGCGCCGCUCUCAGGGUACGCGUCUGGCGUCGACGAGUUUACGGCGACGGCCGAGGCUCGACGAAGCACGACCGGAUGGAACCCGCUUGGGCAGGAUAUAGACACGACGUGAGCCACGUUGUUCGCUGCGUGAUAGAUGACGAUGAUGUAUCGACGAAUGGAGAUGUACAUGUAGUCGA